UCUGUUCGACAACACAAAGGCAAAAUUGCCUUUCGUCCUUCCGCGCACAACGGAAAAACGGCGCUGCGUCCGUUGCGGGUGGUGUGCUUGUGGUGUGCUUGUGGUGUGCUUGUGGGAUGGUGCGAAGGGCGGUGAACAGGGCAGCACCACAUGUUCGCAGCAGAAGAGACGAGUGGAAGUGAGAGAGGAAUGAACAAAACGCAUACGCCAGCAACACAAGGAACGGCACCAACAGCACCAACAGCACCAACAGCAUCACAGGCGAAUGUUGUGGAGGAAGAAGCACGGGCAGGGGAAUCGAGGAGAAGCACAUCGCGCAUCGGCGCAAGAUCACGGUUGCACUCACACUCACGACUGCAGCACCCAACAGAAGAGCCGGUCCGUGGUGGUGACCGUCGUGGGGAACUUUCAGCGGCAAGCACACUCGUAAUGGCAGCGGCGCGCGUUGCCGGUGGCAUGGCGUUGGCCAUUGCCUUUGUGUACCUGAUACUGACGCCACCAACGCCAGUGGCAUCUGCGCUGGCCUGCCAGGCCAAGGAGCACACGCAGACCGUCGUGGACCCUGUGACGGGCGAGUUCGUGUGUGUGUGCGAGGCGCUGCACGCCUGUGUCCUCCGAGGACCCUCAAAGGCGACGGCGUUCUGUGGCGCUGGCAACAUGGACGUCGGCAGCACUCCACUCGACAGGCUGCCGGCAGGCUGCCAGGAGUGCGAAUGCGAGGCCGUACCGUCAGAGCUGCUUGCGGAGAUCACCGCACCCCGGUUGAUCUUGGCAUCCAUCCCACGCUCCGGGAACAGCUGGAUGCGCCAGCUAUUGGAGCUCUCGUGUGGCCUGGCCACGGAGACCGUAUUUCCUGAAGGGUACAAGGCGCCGCUCAACGGCGUUGGCGAAGAUGAGGAAAUCCAUGCAGACCACAUCCCUGGUUCAGAUGUGUACGGUUAUCCUUGCGGCAGAAGCAACUAUUGCACCCGUGUAUCACUGCCACAGCCAGGGGUCAUGCGCUUAGUGAAGACGCACGCACCGUUCCUGUCGAGUCGGCACGCGGAGCAAGGCGUGCUCAUCUCCGAUGCCGGUGUUGGUGCAGUGCUUCUGCUGCCCAUUCGCAACCCACUGUACUAUUCCGGCCUGAUGGUUACCUCACUAUGCACCACGCUAUAUCAUAGGGGGAGCAGGAAGAUCAUGUACCGGUUUGAAGACAUGGUGGCGCUGCGGGAGCCGCUGCUUGGGUUCAUCCUGGAGCAGAGCGGGCUGUGGACGGCACGACGGCUGUCUGGGGCAGACGUGUGCUUUGCACUGGACCAGCCGCGGUUACGGCCGCGCCCGAAGGACAAGUCCCGUGCCUCUGAGGAGCACUUUGCCAUGGCAUGGGCGCAGUAUGCACGGUCGGAUAUCGAGGCCGCCCUGCGCCACACGGCCAGCCUGCCGCUGCUGGAGCACUUUGGAUACGCUGCACUGUACCGCGCCUGGUUGCAGCGGAUGGACAGUGAGAUUACAGAUGGGGAGCUGCGUACACGCGUGCAAGCGCUGUGGCAUGUCACGCGCGCUCGCCUCUACCCCUCGUUUUACACCGACAUGUCACAGCACCCCUCCCUACUGUCGCCAUUUAACUGCACCUACUAGCUCGCUAGAUUGUCGCUUUCUUGCUCUUUAGUGGCUGCGGUUUGCGCAGUGUGUGUUUGGUCUCAUGCAACAGCAUGACAUCGAACGAAGGCUAGUGUGUCCUUGAGUUGUCGCUAGUGGCUUUCAUGUUGGGGUGUAGAUGUGUUGUUUCAGUGCUUUCGCCAGCUUGGACAUCACUCGCUUUGCUGUUACAUUACAUGAACCUGCGUAGCGUCAAUUUACUCCCACCUGUUCUACAACAAGAGUCAAGGAACCACUGUAGCA